CCGGGUCCGCACCACCAGCUGUGGACAGAAAGCGCUGCAUUCCAGCUCACGUCUCAGGGAUCAGCAGAACGAGGGCAACCAGAACCAUGUUUGCCGCCUGUCUGGAAAGCCUGGGGAUGACGCUGUGCUUCUCGGGCUCGCUGCUGGUGAUGAUCGCCUGCGGGCUCCCCACCUGGAAGGUGAACGCCUUCGUCGAGGGCAACAUCGUGGUGGCCCAGAGCGUGUGGGACGGGCUGUGGAUGUCCUGCGUGGUCCAGAGCACCGGCCACAUGCAGUGCAAGAUCCACGACUCGGUGCUGGCCCUGUCCAAGGACCUGCAGAUGGCCCGCGCUCUGACGGUGAUCUCCGCCGUGCUGGGGGUCAUGGGGCUGGCGAUCACGGUGGCCGGGGCGCAGUGCACCAACUGCAUCAAGGACGAGACCGUGAAGAAGAGGGUGGUGUACUUAGGAGGGAUCAUCUACAUCCUCAGCGGGUUCUUCGUACUGGUGCCCAUCAGCUGGAUUGCCAACAACAUCAUCGUGGAGUUCUACGACUCGAGCGUGGGUCCUGCUCAGAAGAAGGAGAUCGGUGCGUCCAUCUACAUCGGCUGGGCCGCCACCGCGCUCCUGCUGUGCGGCGGGACUCUGCUCUGCUGCUCCUACUCCAAAGCAGCCAGAGGCUCCUUUCCCCUCAAACUGGCCCCCACCAAGACCCUCGCUGUCAGCGGGGAGUUUGACAAGAAGCACUAUGUGUAAACCCACCUGAGGACUUUACGCGCGGACUUUUAGUUUAGGCAGAUGGCAGAUGCCCGUCCAUCCACCGAGGAUCGCUGACUGGGAGCUCAGAUUGGUUUUGGUUUGGGGUUUUUACGCGUAAGCCCGUAAAAUAUGAGUGUUGCUGAAAUGAAUGUAAAUUACUGAGGCUCAUCAAGCGGUUUGACCCGCUUUAAAUGCAUGUCAUCACAGCAAAUAGCCUGGACUCUGAGGGCAAAAAAAAAGAGAAAAAAGAAUAUCUGUUGUUUCUGAUGUGAUUGUGUGGCACUGACCCUUACUGUCAAUGUGGGACUCCUCUCAGCACGACUAGGCUACUCAUGUUGUGAUCAGACGUUGUAUAGUUAUUAGAAUGGUUGUAUUUGAAUACAUCAUGGAACCAAAGAGUUUUCUACUGUUUAUAUCUUUUUGUACAGAUUUCUUUUUUUCUAAUAAACAAAGUGAAACAAC